AUGGGGUUCGAGGUGGAGAACAUGCGCAUCAUUGCAUUGCCCGACGAUGCCUUCUAUCUCUCGGACUUCAUUACAGAAGAUGAGGAGAAGUGGCUUUUACAGAAGGUCAAAUCAGCACCUCUUCCUCGCUGGACUCAGCUUGCCCACCGCAGGCUUCAGACAUGGCCAUCAGCACUGACCAGAAACAAUGUGCUCCUCGCAUCACCGCUGCCAGCUUGGCUCAGAAGUCCAAUCAUCGAGUCUCGCUUCAAAUCGUUGGGAAUAUUCAAUGAUUCACCCCACAAGGAGCCCAAUCAUGUGCUAGUGAACGAGUAUCUGCCCGGCCAAGGGAUCAUGCCACACGAAGACGGAGCAGCGUAUUACCCUCUCGUCGCGACAGUGAGUCUGGGAGCACCAAUCGUGCUGGAGUUUUACGACAAACACACCCAGAAAGCCACAAGAGCCAAGGAAGAAGAAACCGGCCUCGAAACCAAUCAACCGCGGUACAGGAUCUUGCAGGAAAGGCGGAGCUUGCUCGUAACGAAGAACAAGAUGUACACAGAACUUCUACAUGGAAUUGCGGAAACGUUGAGGGAUGAGAACCUCAACCCGGAGGCAAUCUGCAACUGGGACCUCUUGCGAGACAAAAAAGCCUACAUGGAUGGAUGGUAUGAGCGCGAGACGAGAAUCAGUCUCACAUACCGAGAUGUUCUCCAAGUUGCGAAGAUAGGAGAUACUAUGAAGUUCUUGAGCCGAUGA